AGUCUGUAGUGAGGCAGCAGUGAGGAGAGGAUCAUGCGGCGCACAAACUUUCUCUCCCAUCAUCUCCAUCUUCAUUUUCAUCUUCACCAUCAUCAUCAUCAUCGUUCUUCUUUAAAUCCAACCAAACCCAGCUGAGGAAUAAUGUCAGCGAACAACGCGACGUCCAAUGGGACAGGGGACUACACGUGCGUGCGUUUUUAUGUCUCCACCGUGUCCUUCUCUGUGCUCCUCUUCUUCAACCUCAUCAUCAACUGGACCAUAGUGCGCGUGGAGGAGCUACGGAGCCACGCCCGCUUCGUCCUGGUUUUCCACCUGCUCGUCUCCGCACUAGUCCACAUGGGAAUGAGCAGCCUCUUCUACAACCAGAUCCACCUGAACGCGCGUCCGGGCCGCUCCAUGUGCCUCGCCUUGAUCACGGUUCUCAUCAGCAGCGCCUGUAACAUCCUCCUGACACUCACGGCGAUGGCUCUGGACAGAUAUUGCGCCGUGUGCCACCCCAUGCGCUACACCUCUACGUGUACCGCUGCGAAAUGGCCCUGGCUACUGGGGGUCUUCACCUGGAUCGUGGCUCUGAUCAUCCCUCUCAGCAUCCUCCACACGGACUCUGAGGUGGGCUAUAACGGGAGGUGUGGCCGGGAGCAGCAGAGGAAGGGCGAGCUGCAGAAAGUACUCUUCAUUGGUAUGUGCACGCUUCUCAUCCUGUACAGUUACUUGAGGAUAUUCGUGGAGGGACGGAAGUUGGGGGUGCUGAACCGGCGCAACCGUGCAGGGUGCCGGACCAUCGCUCUGCACGGGAGCCAACUGGCGGUUUACAUCCUGCCAAACUUUGUGAGCUUCUUCCUGACCGUGAUGAACAAACAUGGGCUCAUUAAACAGGAGACCAAAGAGCUGUCAGCUGUGGUUGUCUUUGCUUUCUUCAGUUUGGCGCAGUGUGUUGCGCCGGUUGUUUACGGUCUGCGUAAAGAGGAACUUCUGGAACAGUUGAGUCACAGGUUCCCAUGCUGCGCCCGGUACAUGAAGAGGGUCCUCGGCUGGACUGUGCAAGUCAACUGGACAAACACGCAGCAGAAAUCACGAGAGCGAACACUCACAGCCCAGACCAUCGUCUCACUGGAGGUCCCACAAGAACAAGAGGAGGAGUACGAGGAAACACAGCCAAUGUCAGGAGUUCCCCAUGAGUCUGACUCAUGACAGGGUGACUCGGACAAUGCGAUCGGAAAAAGCUAUCAUCAGGACCCCGUCGUCUGCCACUAGAACAUUUGGAUGUACCUGUAUGGUUUGUGUUCUCAGCUAUGACUGUGGAGGAACUGAAAGAGAUGACGAGGACAUGUUCAUCAGAGUGUUUCUUCCUCACCAGAGUGUUUAAAGCUGCAUGUGGAUCUCUCACCCUACAUCACGGAUGUAUAUAUACUAUGCUGCAUUUUUGACUGCCAUGAGCCAAAGACAUGAUGGCUUCUAAGGACGGGGUCAGUUCUCUUGUUGUACAGCCUUUCUAGCCAUUCUAGAGAUUUAAGUUUCUUCAGGUCACAAGCUUUUAUGACCUCCUAGCUACAAACAACCCUGCAACAUAUGAAUUUGUGCUGACAUGGUUUCAAUUUGUCAAUGACCUUGUGGAUAUUAAAAGUUGUUUUUUAAAUUGUGCUGAUGCAGCUGAAUGUCUUCAGUAAGGCUGAAAUCAAGCAAGGGAGUUACACACAAGCUUAACUGUGUCAAUAGUGAAUUAAAAAGAUUGAUGUAAAGAAAGUCGUAUCGAUCAAACACCAGUCUGGGCCGAUAUUUCAGUAAACUAAUUCCAUAAAUAUUAAUUCAACCACAUUCGUAUAUUUAAACACACGUGACUAAGUUAUGACCAGAGAAUACCAGAGAAAGUCAAACUGAAAUGCUUUAUACUGAGCUAAGUAUUCAGAGGUAUAUAAAUACAUUCAGACGUAGCCUGAUGUUAAUUGACUAAAAUCAACAAUGGCACAUUCAUUCCUCCUACAUGCAAGAUUCCUUUUUCAGUGAAGUGCAUAAUUCUUCUCAAACCUGGUUAGUUUGUUUGGGGUGCUGGUGGCCGAGUGGUCUAAGUGCCCCUUGUAUAGAGGCUAUAGUCCUCGUUGCAGAGGUGGUCGGCUCGACUCCCGGCCGGUCGACCAUCCACUGCAUGUCAACCCCCACUCUCUACUCCUCACAGUUCCUUUUCUUUCUUCAGCUGUCCUGUCAUUUACUCUCCUGUUAUGUUCCAGGUCAAAUUGGCCCCUUUUUAAAGUCUAUUUUAGGUAAUAUAUGCCUUCCAAACCAGCUAAAUGCAGCAUAAAAAUCUGGGCAGCAUGUGACCUUUGUGAGAAGAGGUGUCAUGUUAAUUUAUCAAUAUCACUUCAUAAAAAAAAAAAAAUAAUAAUUUAAAAUAAAAAUAACAAAAACUAUGUAAUGAAAAAAUAUUGUACUUCUAUUUAGGGCUUUACAAUAUACAUUAAAAAAAAGUUUUAAAAUUAAUUUUUAUGAAAAAAACGAGUGAGUUAUCCUCAUUGAACCAUGAUCUGUGAGAAUUAAAGAACACCAAUGGACUAAAUCUUGAUUUCAAAGUUUAGUGAUGGAGUUAAAAAGUAGAUAAAAAAAAUGUGUAUUGCCAUUUUUGGGUUCCAACAAUUUCGGAAUAUGCCCUGGGUCAAAAUAAUCCAGGAACACUAUUGCUGUUCCAGAGAAACGAACAUAACAGGAGGGUUAAAGGCAAAAAUGUCCAAAAACAUAACUUUAAAAAAACAGAAUAAUAACCUGGUUAGUUUGGCCGUAGUUUUACUAGCUGUUAGAUCAAAAACUGACCUGGCUUAAAGAGAGCAGCAAACAGCUAGCCCAUCCGUUAAACGUGCAGUGUAACUGGCAUUGCUAGAGCUCAAAAGCUAAAUGUGUACUUUGUGUGUACUAGGAUUUUUUAAAGUUGGUCAUGUUAACAAGUCAGUUAUUGCAUAGCUUGCUGGAUCUUUAGUUUGAGAGAGAGAGUUGUGUUUGGGGUUAUUUUCCGUCUUUUCACUAAACUAAGCCGACUGUAUCAUGCUGUAAGCUUCACACUGAAUAAUGAGAGUUGACUCUUUUUUUAUCUUAACUAUCCAUGUCUCUGUAAUAAAGUGUUUUAAGUGUUA